AUGCACACCGCGGCUCCUCUGCUCGCCUUGAUGCUCUGGACCGUCGGAAUGCUCUCGAAAGCUCGCUGCGGCCGCGCAGGAGACACCUUGUUGACUGAGAUGGAGAGAAAGGCUGCGGGUCGCUUCAGGGAAAGGCAGAAGAGCGUCCCUUUUCGGCUCCUCUAUAGUGCCAGUGAAGGCAACGAAACUCCUCACGACCUGCUCGACACUCGCAUCGGCCGUAGCUCUGUUGGGAAGCAGUCAACUCAUAUUGCUAGAGCCAGCUUCCAGGUUGAUGCUUUUGGAUCUUCUUUCAUUCUGGAUAUAGAAUUAAAUCAUGAUCUACUGUCUUCAGAAUAUCUUGAGAGACAUAUUGACCACAAUGGGAAGACUGUGGAAGUUAAAGGAGGAGAACACUGUUAUUAUCAAGGUCACAUCAGAGAAAAUCCAGAUUCAUAUGUUGCCCUGUCUACCUGCAGUGGACUUCAUGGAAUGUUCUAUGAUGGGAAUCACACAUAUCUUAUUGAGCCAGAAGAAAAUUGUACAUCUCAAGAGGAAUUCCAUUUACACUCUGUAUACAAAUCCAGUUUAUUUGAAUUUCCUUUGGAUUAUCUUCCAUCUGAAUUCUGGCACAUGAAUACUACAUCACAGAAAUUUGGUGUGAAAUCAAGAUAUAAAAGAAGAAAAAGGCAGGUCCAGCUGAGUCUACCUAGAGUUGAAGAUGAAACGAAAUAUGUUGAGCUAAUGAUUGUAAAUGAUCAUCUAAUGCUGAAAAAACACCGGUUAUCAGUUGGUCACACAAACAGCUUUGCAAAAUCGGUAGUGAAUAUGGCAGAUUUAAUUUAUAAAGAACAACUGAACACCAGAAUAGUCUUGGUUGCCAUGGAAACCUGGGGUACUGAUAACAAGUUCACCAUAUCUGAAAACCCACUGGUAACUCUACGUGAAUUUAUGAAAUAUAGGAGAGAUUUUAUCAAAGAGAAAAGUGAUGCAGUUCAUCUUUUUUCGGGGAGCCAGUUUCUCAGUAGCCGUAGCGGGGCAGCCUUUAUUGGUGGCAUUUGUUCACUGCUGAAAGGUGGUGGUGUAAAUGAAUUUGGAAAGCCAGAUUUAAUGGCUGUUACAUUGGCACAGUCCUUGGCCCACAAUCUUGGGAUCUUCUCAGACAAAAGAAGGUUGCAGAGUGGUGAAUGUAAAUGUGAAGACACCUGGUCCGGAUGUAUAAUGGGAGAUACAGGUUAUUAUCUUCCAACCAAGUUUUCCAAAUGUGAUAUUGAGGAAUACCAUGAUUUUUUAAAUAAUGGUGGGGGAGCCUGCCUUUUCAACAAGCCUUCCAAGCUCCUGGAUCCCCCAGAAUGUGGUAAUGGUUUUGUUGAAACUGGGGAAGAAUGCGAUUGUGGCACUCAAUCGGAAUGUCAUGUUGAAGGUGAAGAUUGCUGCAGUUCCUGCACUCUAACUGCUAACUCUCAAUGCAGUAAUGGACUUUGUUGUAGAAAAUGUCAGUUUGAACUCAAAGGUGUGAUUUGCAGAGAAGCUGUAAAUGAUUGUGACAUUUCAGAGACAUGCAGAGGGGACUCAAGUCAGUGCUCUCCAAAUCUCUACAAAAUAGAUGGGUAUUCAUGUGAUAAUGAACAGGGCAUUUGUUUUGGAGGAAGAUGCAAAACAAGAGACAGACAGUGUAAAUACAUAUGGGGAGAUAAAGUGACAUCUGCUGAUAAAUAUUGCUAUGAAAGAUUAAAUAUAGAAGGAACAGAGAAAGGUAGCUGUGGCAGAGACAAAGAUACUUGGAUUCAGUGCAAGAAUGAAGAUGUUCUUUGUGGAUAUCUACUGUGUUCUAACAUUGUCUCUAAUAUUCCAAGACUUGGAGAGCUUGAUGGUGAAAUCACAUCUAUUUCUCUCCAAAAUUUGGGAAAAACUUUCAAUUGCAGUGGUGGUCAUGUGAAGUUGGAGGAAGACGCAGAUCUAGGCUAUGUAGAAGAUGGGACACCCUGUGGCCCUAAUAAAAUAUGCUGGGAUCAUAGAUGUCUCUCAAUUGAUACAUUUAACUUCAGUUCCUGUCCUGGAAGUACAGAUCGCUUUAUUUGCUCAGGACAUGGAGUUUGUAGUAAUGAAAUGCAAUGUAUCUGUGAGCAGUUAUGGACAGGUGUAGAUUGCAGCAAACUGGGUUUCUCUAAUAGUAAUGCUUUAAAUUCUUGUUUUAAUCUAGGUGUCACUAGCACAAACAUUAUUAUUGGUGCUAUUGCUGGUACAAUUUUAGUGUUGGCUCUCAUUAUGGGAAUAACAGCAUGGGGUUACAGAAACUAUCGAAGACAGAGACAAAUUCCUCAGGGAGAUUAUGUUAAAAAGCCUGGUGAGGCCGACUCCUUUUAUAGCGACAUGCCACCUGGAGUCAGCACAAACUCUGCAUCUAGUUCUAAGAAGAGGUCUGCUUUUCUGUCGCAUUUUCAGAUUUCUACCUGUUCCAUCACACAUUAUUCCAUUAGUCAGAAUCUUUCAUUGUUUUGCAGCAGGUCAAACGGCUUAUCUCAUUCAUGGAGUGAAAGAAUUCAAGAUGCAAAGAAUCUUUCAGACAUCUGUCAAAAUGGGAGACCAAGGAGUAAUUCAUGGCAAGGUAAUAUAGGAGGCAACAGAAAGAAAGUCAAAGGCAAAAGAUUUAGGCCACGGUCUAAUUCAACUGAGUAUUUAAACCCAUGGUUCAAAAGAGAAUAUAAUGUAGCUAAGUGGGUAGAAGAUGUGAAUAAAAACACUGAAGGACCCUACUUUAGGACUCUUUCUCCUGCAAAGUCCCCAUCAUCCUCUACUGGCUCCAUUGCUUCCAGCAGAAAGUAUCCAUAUCCCAUGCCUCCACUGCCUGAUGAGGAGAAGAAGGCCCACAGAGCUAGUGCUAGGCUAUGGGAGACAUCCAUUUAAGUAUUUAGCUUUCACCUGAGCUGUCACCAGAACUAUUUACUUCAAAUUUUAUAUAAAUUCAGCAUCACUGAAUCACUGAACAUUCAUCUGCUCAGCAGACAACUUGAUGGAGCAAAGAUACAGAUAGUCACAGGAUAAGCAAGUUCUCCCGUUGAAGGAAGACACUGAUUUUCUACAGCUGAUUCAAGUUUUGUGAAUUACAAAUAAAGAUAUUAACCUGAUAUAAACCUGAACAUGCUAAGAUACUGUGCAUGAUGUCAGAUAUAGACAUUCAGAUACUGCUUUUGAAAUCUCAAUGGUGUUUUUUCCUGGUCUAACAUGUCCCCAAAUAUCUAAAAGAGAGUUAUUCAGAAUUUGGUACAUAAUCAUUUAUGCUGUGUGCAUGAACCUCUGUUUGCCACUAUCCAUGUGUAAGGGGUUACUCAUUUUACU